AUGCCACCGCUGUUUGUGGUUUUAGAAACUGCUUGUUCUCUGAGCUUGAUGGACAGCGGCAGCCAGCUGAGUAACCUGACAGUGUUGGACUUGCGGCACAUCUCGGAGCUCAACAACGAGACGGUGAUGGAAGUGGUGAGGAAGUGUCGGAAUCUCAGCUCGCUCAACCUCUGCCUCAACUGGAGCAUCAACGACAAGUGA